AUGUUAACGGAAGGUGGCGCUGUAUGUAUAUUCCCGAGGAAUUCCGAAAAGUGGGAAGUGACUCAGGUAAAAGAAAAUGGCGGAGUAAGGAAUGCACAGGUAAAUACAGAUGAAGAUCUAGUCAUGGAAAUCUUCAUUAAAGUACCAGCCAUCAUAUUUGGCUUUUUGUGUGCAACAUGUAUAGGUCAAAAAGUUAUACCAAACAGGCCUCCUGGCAUUUACAUGCAGCCAGACUUUAAUGUUUAUUACAAACGCGGAGAGUCCGUUCAGUUACCAUGCAGAGCAGAUGGAGUUCCAAGGCCAACGUACAGAUGGAAGAGAAAUGGUAUCGACUUGAAUCCCAGCGGUAACGAUGGGCGAUUUGUCCAGCUGUCAGAUGAGGGCACUAUCGUCAUUAAUGCCCCUGAGGACAAAGAUGAGGGCAUUUUCCAAUGUAUCGCGGACAACAACUUUGGGAUAUCAGUGUCGAUCAAUAUUAACUUCAGGGAGGGGAAACUGAGCGAGUUCGAAGUAGCACCAGCUGUCACUCAUACGCCUCAUUUGGGGGAGUCUGUAGUACUGAAUUGUGUCCCUCCCACAAGUUUCCCCCCAGCUGAUGUAGAGUGGGUCCUAAAGACACGUGAGGGCCAGAUAGAGCCUAUCAACUACAACAACAGAAUUUCAAUGGAUUUGGAAGGUCGGUUGUACAUCACUAAUGUUCAGGAGGAGGACAAACAAGAUGAGAAGGCCUAUGUCUGCAUGGCCAUCAACUACUUCAUGAGGCGUAACACGUACGACAAGGCAAAUUACAUCCUUCCAAGUGGAAGUUCACCUGUAAAGAGACCUGCCGAGUACCUGUGGGCAUCACCCUCCGAUCACUUUGGACUGAGAGGGGAGACAUUUAAACUCAAGUGCAUCUUCAGUGGAAAUCCCACCCCCGAAGUGUUCUGGUUAAAAAAUAAAGCAGAUCUUCCGGACUACUAUGAAGUUUCCCUCGGAGGACAGGAACUGACCAUUCCCAACCUGACGGAAGAAGACGCCGGUCCCUACGAGUGCUACGGAACAAACACCCAGGGUCCCCGAGCAUUCAGAAAUUUUGUUAUCAGAGUGGAAUCCAAGCCUUACUGGGAGGAGGAACCGAAAGAUGUGGAAACGAGUGUGGGGGCCUCCACUACAUUUAUCUGUAAGGCCAAAGGUUAUCCUGAACCAAAGAUCGCCUGGUUUGUCAACGGAAUCAAACUUGAAGAAUCUACUGUGCCAAUCGUCCGAAGUGAACGCUUCAUCAAACCCGAUGCUAACAACAUAACCUUUGUUCAGCUGAACAAAAAUGAUCACAUGGUCUUACAGUGUAACGCCUCCAACAUCCACGGCUACGUCUUUGCCGAUGUCUAUCUGAAUAUUCUUGAGGAAGAGCCAGCUAUCAUUGUUCCUCCAGCAAAAGAGCUGAAGGUAGCGGAAGGUCGUGACAUUGAACUGACCUGUAUUACAAGUGGGAAGCCCGACCCCAUCAUCACUUGGAGGAAGGAAGGGGAGCAGAUUACAGGGGGGAGGUACCAGAUCCAGCAAAACGGGAACCUCCAUGUUCAGAACGUGGUUCUGUCAGAUGCUGGGAACUACACGUGCCACGCCUACAACAAGUAUAACUUUGACGAAGCUUGGGGUAUCCUCAUUGUACGAGCCAAGACUAGAACUGUACAAAAGCCCGGAGGUCUGGAGGUCACAGCAGGAAGUGAUGCCAAGUUUACCUGCUCCGGAACUACUGACUUUGCUGAGAUAAAGAAUUUACGAAUCUCCUGGCUGAAGGACAAUAAGCCAAUCACAACCAACGAUCAGAGAAUGACCCAGAACUUCCAGGACAAUUCACUGACCAUCAGUGGAACCAUUGCUCGUGACUCUGGGACCUAUACCUGUGUUGUGUCCAACGGACUGGAUAAUGCUACUGCAGGCGCCAUCUUGACUGUGAAAGAUAAGCCAGACCCCCCUAUCUCUGUUGCCUUGAUUACCUGUGGUGAGACGGAGGCCGAGAUUAGCUGGACGAAAGGCGCCUCUAACAACGCCCCCAUUCAGUACUUCAUCAUCCAAUACAACACAUCCUUCAGCCCUGACGAGUGGUUCAUGGGAGCCAGUAAUGUCCUGGCCACCCAGAACAGCGGUGAGGUAAAGCUCACUCCCUGGGUCGAGUACAACUUCCGUGUACUCGCCACCAAUAAAAUUGGGAUCAGUGAACCCAGCUACCAUACGGAGACUGUGUGUAAGACCAAUGCGGCCAGGCCAUCCAAAAACCCCGAAAAUGUCCGCACCAUCGGAGACAAGAGGAAUUAUCUCAUUAUUGAAUGGACUCCCAUGCCCCCCAUAGAGCACAAUGGUCAGCAGUUUAAGUACAUCCUAACCAUACAGAGGGAGGGUCAGGGGCUGGACCAGGUGACCCCGGUCACGAUCUCCGAGUGGUCACAGUUCCGCUACGAGAAGCAGACCAAUGACAUCUUCACACCUUACCUCAUCACAAUCAAAGCAAACAAUGAGGCAGGCGACUCUACAGCGCCAGUGCAGGAGUACAGGGGAUUCUCUGCUGAAGACAUUCCAACCGCUAUGGUUUCAAAUUUGGAAGUAGAUCAACAAGUCAGUGACUCCUCAGUCACGUUCUACUGGGAGUGGGACGACAACUUGAACAAGCCUUAUGCUUCCAGCCCAGUCAAAGGAAUAUUCAGAGGAUUUAAGAUUCAGUACUGGAUUCGUGGUAAGAAAGAUCUGACCUUCCAAGAGGCUGAGAUUCUGCUGAGUGAUCUGACCCUCCGAAAUGCAAGAAGGAAGAAGCGGGCUACUCAGUCCUACAAAUAUGUUCUGACUGGACUCUUGGGAUACCAGAAUUACGAGGCUCAGAUGAGAGUCGUUAACACUUACUAUGCCGGACCCCCUAGUGUUAUUACAUCAUUUACAACUGAACUUGGAGUGACUGGACCAGUUAGAAACUUGCGCAUCGCUCAGACAGGAAGUAACUUUAUUCUCCUGGCCUGGGACCCCCCAGAGGUUGUGGAUCAGCUGUUGUUCGGCAGUAACUGGUACAACCUGUUAUCAGGGUAUGACAUCGGCUAUCAAACAGUGAGUGGACUUGACCUAGGCAAUCUACAGGAGAAGAUCCCCGAUCUGACGGACCCGCGGACGAACGAUACUUACGUGAAUGGACUGGUCUAUUCUACCAAGUACCGCCUGUAUGUGUGGCCCAAAAAUACCAAAGGUCGCGGCGAGGUGUCCUUCAUUGAGGCCUCCACCUCAGGCCCAGGCUCUUCGAAUGCACCAUCAUUUAAUAUCAAGGAUGUCAACCAAACCUUUAUAAACGUGACGUGGAACUUAAAGAUGGAUCCCAAAUCUGGCACUGUGAUUUAUAUAGAGUACCGCAAAGAAGGUGUGUAUGAGUUCCAGCGUACUCCUGAUGAGGUUGCCAAGCAAUGGCGGGCUAUCACUGAACUGGAUGACGGCACGACCUACGAGGUCCGUCUCGUCUUGACGGAUGGGAAUUCCCCGUCCACCAGUUCCAUCCAGACUGUGAGAACACUAGGAGUGGCGGCGGCGUAUAGUCUGGGAGCUAACUUUAUCUGGUUCAUUGGACUGAUUCUGUCUCUGCUGAUCAUCAUCGGGGUGGUCGUCUUCAUCAUCAUGUGUCGUCGCGUAACCAAACACAAACCACCACCACAAUCCAAACUGAACGCUCCAGCUCGCAGCGUCUCUGCCUUGUCGGGACAGGAUCAGGGUGAAUACAAUUACAGGUAUGGAAGCUAUGAAGGAAGCGUUCACAAGAAGAGCGCCUCAUCCCUGGACAAACCAUACUACGACGACGAGGGCUACGACAGGUAUCACCCUGGUUACGAUCAGGACGACCAACCUUACGAUGAGCGAUACGACGACGGCGCAGACGCGUACAAUAACCGAUACUACGACGACGAUUAUCGCGAUGACGAGAAGAGGCCGUAUGACGAUGACAGGAGACACUAUGACGAUGAUCGGUACAGCGAUGAUCGGGGUCGUUACUCCGACGAGCCUCGACGAUACAGCGAUGAUCGUGGGCGAUAUGAUGACGAUGAGGAUGAUGGCGGGUUUAGGGAUGGCGACCGUCGCCCUAGCGACCGUGAUGACCAUUACUACCCUGAUGAUGACAAAAACUACGAGCCAUACCAGAAACGAGGCUACGACCGAACACCAAGCUACGAGAAGCGUCCGAUAGAUGAUGUGGACUACGACCAAUACAGGGAACCAGGCAAGUUUGACAGUGACGGGAACCCGAUCUCUACCCGCCCCCGCCCCGCCCCUAGCGGAGCCAACGGCUCUGGGCACGUGCCGGGCACAUCCAGUUUCGUUUAAAGCGUGAUAUGACAGGCUUCCAGGGACGAUAUUUUAGCCGAAAAAGAACAUUCCAGCAAUACUUGUACAGUUUAUUUUUAGCAGGAACAUGUAUUUUAAUGUGAGAUGAAGUAUAAACUUUGAAUUUAUUCCUGAAGCUUAUAACGGACACUGAUUCAAUAAUCAAGGCUCUGUUAUACAAACCAAAACUUUUCCAUGUAGUUUGUAGACUUUUUUACACGUGAAUCCUAUUUUUAUAUGAUGUAUAAGUGCCAUUGGUAGACCAUUGUUGUAUAUAUUACCAUAUUGUGGGUGCGUGCUCAUGUAUAUGUCUUAUCGUAGUGACUGCGUGAAGAAGAAUAUUUACUUUUAAUAUUUUUAAGAUUCCUCUACAAAAUCAUUCCAUUAUAACAGGUUGUAUUUAAUUGGUUUUAGUUAGAUUUGUAUACAUUUGUAUAUUAUCUUUUUUUUCUACAUUCCAUGUUUUCAUUGUACAUAAAAUAUUGUAUAGCCAUACAUAUCAGAUCGGAUCAACAUAUCAUGAACGUAUUUCCAAUAAAAUUGUAACAUAGA